AUGGCAGCGGUUGAUCCUCACUCGUUCACUGACUCUUCCGACCCACCGACCACACACAUAUCGCUGAGUCUGUAUCUGGACUUCUCCACCGCCACAAUUCACGGCGCCGGACUCUUCACUCUGGCAAGGCCCCACAGCGGGCCCUUCUCUCUGGACAGCCGCGGCCUCAGCAUCGACGCCGUGAUCGAGCCCAGCAGCAGAGCUACCAUCCCCUUUACACUCUCCUCGCCCGACCCCAUCAGAGGCUCCCACCUCUCCCUCACCCUCUCCAAUCAAGCCUCCUUCCUCAUCAGAUACUCCACCUCCCCCUCCUCCUCCGCACUCCAGUGGCUCCUCCCACCCCAAACCUUCACCAAGUCUCACCCUUUCGUCUACACCCAAUGCCAGGCCAUCCACGCUCGCGCCGUCUUCCCCUGCCAGGACACCCCCGCCGUCCGGAUUCGCUACUCCGCGCGCCUCAACAUCCCUUCUCACCUGUCCGCCGUCAUGGCGGCGCGUCACGUGGAGCGUCGUCCGCCCAGAAACGACGACGCUUUGGACGUGGUUCUACCCUCAUCGUGGUGCGCGGAAGGGAGGGUGGUGGAGGAGUUCGCGAUGGAGCAGUCCGUGCCGCCUUACCUCUUCGCGUUCGCGGUCGGGGCUCUUGGGAUUAGGGAGGUGGGGCCCAGGACGAGGGUGUACGCGGAGGAUGUGGCCGCCGUGUUGGAUUCGGCGGCGGCGGAGUUCGCCGGGACGGAGGAGAUGAUAAGGGAAGGGGAGAGGCUGUUCGGACCGUACGAGUGGGAGAGGUUUGAUUUGUUGGUUUUGCCGCCUAGUUUUCCCUAUGGAGGGAUGGAGAACCCUAGGAUGGUGUUCUUGACGCCCACUGUCGUUAAGGGGGAUGCGACCGGGGCACAGGUUGUUGCUCACGAGCUUGCUCAUAGUUGGACUGGGAAUUUGAUCACCAACAAGACCAACGAGCAUUUCUGGUUGAACGAGGGCUUCACUACUUAUGCAGAGAGGAGGAUUGUGGAGGCUGUACAAGGAGAACAAAGAGCCGCAUUGAAUAUUGGAAUUGGUUGGAGGGGUUUGAAUGAGGAUGUUGAGAGGUUCAAGGACAACUUGGAGUUCACAAAGCUAAAAAAUAAUCAGCAAGGAAUUGACCCAGAUAAUGUGUAUUCUCAGAUUCCGUAUGAGAAAGGUUUCCAGUUCUUAUGGCGCAUUGAACGACAGGUUGGGAGGCCUGCAUUCGAUGAAUUUCUGAAGAAAUAUAUUGCUACAUUCAAGUUCAAAUCAAUUGAUACUGAAACAUUCAUUGACUUCCUUAAAGCUAACAUACCUGGCAUAGAGAACUUGAUUGACUUAGUACUGUGGACGGAAGGUACUGGCAUUCCUCCUGAUGCUCAUGAACCUGAUUCCACUGUUUAUAAACUGAUUGUUUCACUGGCAAAUGAGUUCAAAAAUGGGAGGAUGCCAAGGGAGGAUGAAGUUGCUGAUUGGCAAGGUCAGGAGUGGGAGCUCUACUUGGACAACUUGCCAGAAUCGAUUGAAACUUCUCAGAUCAUAGACUUGGAUUCACGCUACAAGUUAUCUGAGUCAAAAGAUUACGAGGUAAAGGUGUCAUUUCUCCGAAGGGCUAUUUCAUGUGGAUGCAAAACUUACUACAAUGAAGUGGAGAAAACCUUAAAAGGAGUUGGGAGGAUGAAGUAUCUUCGUCCACUUUACACUGCUCUCGUGAAAGGCAGUGGGAACGAAGAUGGUAAAGUAUUUGCCAAAACACUAUUUUCAGAGGCUCGUGAGUGUUACCAUCCAAUUGCUCAAGGUGUUGUUGAGGCCAUAUUUGCCAAGCAUCUAUAG